AUGAGCUUGAUAGAAUCGGAAAAGAAGGAAGAGGAUGGAACAAGAAGAAAAAUUUUUGUGGUGGUUGGAAUGGCAGGAAGCGGAAAAACAACUUUUUGCCAAAGAUUAUAUUCAUGGAUUUCUCAAGACAAUUGCACGAUAGAUCCAGCCACAGGAUUAAAUUCGCAUAUAUACUCUAUAAAUACUGAUCCAGCAGUGGUGAAUACAAAGAUGCCUUUAAACCUCGACAUAAGGGACGUUGUGGAUUAUCACGAGACGAUGGAGAAGUACGAGUUAGGGCCAAACGGAGGAAUUAAUACAUGUUUAAACCUAUUUCUUUUGAAUAUAGGGGAAUACAUUGACAGAAUAAAAGAAGAGUACAUCAUCAUAGAUACACCUGGGCAGAUCGAGGCCUUUACAUGGUCAUCGCCAGGAUAUGUACUGAUUGAGGCGUUGAAAACCGUUGGAGAAGUUAUUCUUGUAUAUGUGGUUGACUCUGUGUCUUCGCACAAGCAUGCUGUGUUCAUGUCGAAUAUGAUGUAUGCAGCUUCUUUAAUGUGCAGAUAUGAGGUUGAGACACUAUGCCUUUUCAAUAAGAAGGACUUGUCAGGAAGUGAGCUUCUUGAGGAAUGGAUUAGCGACUAUGAAAGCUUUAGGGAUUCGUUGAACGAUGAAGAUAUGUUUUCUCCUAUUCUAGGAUCCAUGGCCCUCCAUUUCGAGGAGUUUUAUAACUCGAUAAAGACUGUGUCUGUUUCUUCGUCUACAGGAAGUGGGAAGUCCGACUUUUUCGAUGCUGUUAACCAAAUUAUGAAUGAGAAGUAUCCAGAAAAUAAAUUUGAAUAA